AUGUAUUGGAGAAGUGUUUUAGAGAGAGUAGUAUCUGUAAUUAAAACAUUAGCUUCACGCGGACUUCCAUUCCGGGGACAAGAAGAGAUUUUCGGAUUGCCUAAAAAUGAAAAUUACAUGAUGCUUCUUGAAUUGUUAUCAGAAUUUGACCCUUUCUUAGGACAACGUAAUAUUUUGAAAUAUGGUAAUUCUGGUCGUGGUACUACAUCGUACUUAUCAUCAACAAUUUGUGAUGAAAUUAUUGUAUUAACGACCAAAAAAGUUAAGGGAUCUAUCAUAAAUGAAGUUAAAAGUCGUAAAUAUUAUUUGAUUGUUGUAGACUCUACACCAGAUAUAACACAUUCUGACCAACUUACUUUUAUACUUCGCUAUGUCAGUGAUAAAGGUGGACCGACAGAACGAUUUUUAGAAUUUAUUCCAAAAGUUGGUCAUAAAUCUUUAAUCUGA